AUUCAUUUCAGAAGUUUCUUUACUCUAUAAAUUCAUCAUCUUUACUCAUAUUCCUUCCAACCAAAGCCAGCAGCCUAAGAACAAGAACAACUCAUCAGCCAUGAAGCACUUGCUUCUGCUUCUGCUCAUCUCAUUGGGUUUGGCAGCCAUUUUCACCACCUCUGCUCGUGUUGAAGUUGGAGGUAGCAAACACAAUCAUCCAAAUUUCUUGAAGGAAGAAUUAGAAGUAAAGAACAACAAAGAAAAGAAGAUAAUUAGUCCUGCUGGCAGCACUAAUCCGACAUCAUCAAAGUUUGUUAAUGAUGACUUGAAGAAAGAAAAUAAAGAUAUAAAUAAUGGUGUUGGUGAUAAAUAUCUCACUGUUAGCAUUGAUGAUGAUGCAUAUCCAAGUGCUAAUGGAGCAUCCAUUGAUACACAUCAUAUGAUAUCUAUUGAGCAGUAUAAGAGGAUUAUCAGUGACAGACCAUUCCAUCCAUGAGAUGGCCAACAUCUACUGAUCAUCAUCAUCAGCUUGUUAUAUCUAUAUCUAUGGUAUUAUAUAUGCUAUGCUCAUAUAUGUGUGGAGCAUAAGACACUAUGGAUGUGUGCUCUAUGUGUUAUAUUUAUGUGUCUAAUGAGGGAGGUUGCAUGCAUGCAUGAAUCUAUGAUAUAUGAUGUUUAUUGAAGGUUUGCUUGGAUAUGAUAUAUAUAGUUUGUUGAA